AACAGUAAUUUUGUUUUAUUUUUAGUUAUUCAGAGUUUCUAUUCCCAAAAAAGUUUGGGAUACAAUCUUGAUUGAGAGUUCGGCAAUCUGGCUUUUUAUUGCUCGCGUUAAAUAAUGAGCUCUCCUCCUCUCCCCUCCCUACACGGAGAAGUUAUGUAAUGAGCAGCCAGGUUACCCAGUACACGUGUAAAGUACAUUGCGUCAGUGAUCAGUUGUUCUUUGCGGGCUUUUGACGCUCAGAUUUGAUUUUAGACGAUCUACACCGCUAAAAUGAGCGAUUCUCUCCCACACACCAUUAGAAAUGACCCAACAAGCGAAGUCAGCAACUUAUCUUUAGAAGAAGUGAAGAAGGUGCCUGGACUUGUGGCACCAUAUCAACACAAAACAGGGACUUUCAAAGUCAAGUCAGGUCUGGCUCAGAUGGCCAAAGGUGGGAUUAUCAUGGAUGUGACAAAUGCAGAGGAAGCUGUUGUGGCAGAGAAUGCUGGUGCUUGUGCUGUGAUGGCCCUGGAAAAGAUACCUUCAGAUAUCCGUAAAGAGGGAGGUGUCGCUCGCAUGACGGACCCAAAGCUUAUCAAGGAGAUUAUUAAUGCUGUCACCAUUCCUGUCAUGGCAAAAGCAAGAAUUGGACACUUUGCAGAAGCACAAAUCCUAGAAGUUCUUGGAGUAGACAUGGUUGAUGAAUCAGAAGUCCUCACUCCUGCUGACGAUGCAAACCAUAUCGACAAGCACAAGUUUAAGGUGCCGUUUGUGUGUGGUGCACGUGACUUGGGCGAGGCACUCAGAAGAAUAUCAGAGGGUGCAGCUAUGAUACGCACUAAAGGGCAGGCAGGCACAGGAGAUGUUUCAGAGGCUGUUCGUCACGCCCGUGCAAUUCGCUCACAGAUUCGCUAUGCUCAGGGGCUUGACAAGCCAGAGCUGUAUACUUAUGCCAAAGAACUCAGGGUACCUAUGGAUGUACUAGAGAGGACUGUGGAACUAGGGAGGCUACCUGUGGUGAACUUUGCUGCUGGAGGACUAGCAACCCCAGCUGAUGUGUCACUUCUAAUGCAAUUGGGUGUUGAUGGGGUGUUUGUUGGCUCUGGCAUCUUCAGAAGUGGAAACCCAGCCAAGCGCGCCUGGGCAAUGGCUCAAGCUGUCACUCAUUAUAACAAUCCUAAAAAGCUUGCAGAGCUGAGUGAGGAUCUAGGGGAGGCAAUGUCAGGAAUUCCUGCCAAGGAUGCAAUCCAAUUCAAGUGAACAUUAAUUAUUGAUCAUUGAUCAUUAUGUCAGCUAUUGGGUAGUAUCAGAAACUUAGGUUUCUGGUCAUAUUUGAAAGAAGAGUAGCUAAAAAGUGAUCAUCAAGACAAAAAAACUGAUGUCAACCUUUGUGCCUUGAGUUUGACUAAAAUUUUUGACAAGAUUGUAAAGGUUUUUCUUGAAGAUCAUUUAUAUUUUUUAUUUGGCUUUUGGGGGACCAUUAUUUUUGGGGGGCAUCAAAGGAAAAAAAUCAGUUUCGAUUGCCUAAACAUCUGGAAAGUUUUUACCGAAAUCUGGGUUGGAUUGUAUUCUCCUUACAAUAAAAGAUCAUUUCAGAGUGUUUAUGGUAAGAUUACUAAUACUCGGUACAUCUAUCUCUGUACUAUUAGUUUUUUUAUUUGAUUUUUAAUCUUAUUGUUUAUAAUUUUGUUGAAAUCAAAUUAUCUUAAUUUCUACAAUAUUCAUGCUCAGAGAACCAGCAAUCUAAAGGGCACAACCAGCAUGUUUAGAGUGGCGCCAUAACCCCUAAGUGUCUUGGAAGUUAUCAGUGGCUGAAUGAUCAAUCAUGCGUAUUUUUUCUUAAUGUUACCCUCUAAUAUUCUCUAAAAAUAUUUUGGCAUAAUUUAAGGUAAAUUAUUUAACUGAAACUGAAAUAUUGCCAUGCCGUUAUUGUGUAAUAAUUUGUUUAAUGCAAAAGAGGGAUGUAUAUUAAAAAUAGUAUUGAUAAUCUUAAAAUCUUCUAUAAAUCAUCAAUCAAAACUUCAUGGACACCACUA